AUGCGUCUCUCCAGCCUCUCGUUCUUCGUCCAGGCACUACUGUUGACUGCUGUCGCAGCACAGAGUGCCGGUGUCUCCAACAUCGUGGAUCUCACAAGCGAGACCACUUCGUCCACCACUUCCGAAGCGCCUGAGACAACUUCUUCCACAUCGUCAUCGACCUCUUCCACAUCUUCUGCUGAGCCGACGACUUCGGAGGCCCCAACCACCUCCGCCGACCCUACCACUUCUUCUACUUCUUCCACUUCUUCCACCUCGUCGUCUUCUUCGACCGCCGCUCCCGCAGAGACCACCACCUCGGCCGAUUCCACUGUCGCCCAGCCCACCACCUCUUCCACCAAUGGACCUGCUUCUACCACCAGCUCUGAUAGCAGUCAGACUACCACGGCACCCACCACCAGCGUGACCCCUAUCGUGAAGACCAUCACCUCCUACGCGACCAGCGAUGGAUCCACCGUCCCUCACGUCAUGACCACCACUUCCACCCCUGCUGCUCAGCCCUCUCUGAACAGCGACAAGAGUUCCGGCUCCAGCGGCGUGUCGUCCUCCGACAAGAAGAUCAUCAUCGGUGUUGUGGUCGGUGUCGGCGGUGCCAUCAUCCUCGGUGUCCUUGGUGUCGUCUUCUGGAGAAUCCACAAGAAGCGCAGUGACCAGUACGGCGACGAGGAUGACCUCAUGGGCGGUACUGCCGUCGGCGCCGGCCCUCGCGAGAAGGCUCCUAGCCCUGCCGGCAACACCCCCUUCAGGAAUACACUGGACCAAUAUCACAACACUGGUCCUGUCAACGCGGCAUCCAACUUUUAA